AUGGGUGAAAAUCAUGGUGAAGAUCAGCUAUACAUUCCUCAAGUUGCAGAUGAUCUAAAGCCAAAAUAUGGGAUGGAAUUCUCAUUAAUAGAUGAGGCUUUUUUAUUCUAUAACCAAUAUGCACGCAAAUCUGGAUUUAGUGCCAGGAUAAAUAGUAGCAAGAAAAAUAAGAUAACAAAUGAGGUUGUGUGGAAAACAUUUGUAUGCUUUAAAGAAGGCCAUACGGAUGAUCAACGGAAUAAACAAGCAAAGGGUGAUCAACGGACAAGGGAAAGAACACGUGGUGAAGUUAGAACUGGUUGUAAGUCAAAGAUUUCACUUGUCAAGAAACAAACUGGAUCUGCAUGGGUUGUCACUAAUUUCACAGAAGGUCAUAAUCAUCCACUAUCGACUCCUUCAAAGAAACAGAAACAAGCUUCAGUUGGUGAUGCAGAAAUAGAAACAUUUGAGCGGUCUUUGCAAAUUUAUUUUGAGACUAGUAGAUUAAUAGCAAAAGGUAACUCUAUCUAUACCCUGCGGGACUUAGAGAAUGCGCUGUGCAGACUGCUGUGCUGGCAGCUGAAUUUGUCACUGAUUAACAAUGACAAUGCUGUGCUGGCAGGUGAUCCAAAGGCUGCCAAUUUUUCCCUCGCCUCACAGUCAUCCAAGUCAAUUGAAGAUCAUUACUAUGAAUGCGCUGUGUGCGAUCUAGGAGGCAAUUUGCUUUGUUGUGAUAGUUGUCCUCAAACUUGUUACCUUGAAUGUCUCAGCCCACCUCUUAAGGAUGACAUCUUAACAUGGAAAGAAAUCAGCAGGCAGGUGGAAUGGUCGGAAUGA